GGUGGCCAAAAAGAAAAAUUACCGGAAAGAACCGAGUUCAGGAUGCACUUCAACUGGGCAAGCGUCCAUUGCAAUCUGAAAACACGAGUUCAAUUCCUGUAAGUAUUUAACGCGUAAAUUUUAGUGGGCUUGAAAUUCAAAAUUCACGUUCUAUCGUGUAUACUAUUAUCAUCCUACAAAUGUAACUAUCAUUCAAGGAUCAUGGCUGUGAGGCAUUUUAAGAAGAAAGACUACGACGUAUUUUUCUCGUCUAACUACAUCCUGACUCAGCAUAAUGCUGCCGGAAGUCCGGUUAGUUAUACAUUGUCUGGAAACCUUUAUGCGUUAGUUAGUAUGUACACCGUGGCGCUUUAGUACACUAUGCUAAAAAUGUUAAUUUUGCAGCCACCGUACAUUCCUGGCAGUGCGGCAGACUUUGGUUGGGACGGAAGUAUGAUGUGCGAUAAGGGAGUUGCGUCCGCUACAGAAGGCCACAAUGAAGUUGCAAUGAACCAUGAUGCGACAAGUCUCUUUCCGAUUCCAUAUGAUGGAGAAUAUGACAAAUGCAUCGACCAUGAUGAAACUCUGAACAAUUUUUUCGCUGAUAAUGCAGCCUUCGUCAAAGAAACCCUAGAAGCCGCUAAGAAGGAGUCGUUUAACGAACCGAACUUAACAUCUAACGAUACUGAUAGAUACAUAAACAACUUGAUCUUGAUCCGCAAGGCACAAAUGAUUUGCCCACCCGCGGAUCUUUGUCUUAACAGUGAGGGCAAAUCGAUUGCGUAUGAUAUUAAUGGACACCCAGUAGAUCCACAAAAGGAAAUAGAAGACGAAUUUAACAAAGUUAAGAACGACCACUUUCCAACUUGCCAGAUUGAAUUUUGCAAAAACCCCAACCAAACGGAACCAAUUUUGGUUAGGAAUCGUUUGGAGGAAGGCGAAGAAUUGGACAUCAACAGCCCACUCUUGCGCGACGGCGGAACUCGAUUCUCUGACAAUUUCACUCAACAAUACUACAAAAAGGCAACGAGACAUUUUCGGCGAAUUAAAGGAACGCAUCUCUGGAGUAUGACGCUAGCCUGGUUUGUGUUGAUGACGAUCGGAGCGUUCACUGCCCGCUACUAUAAGGAAACAGCUGGGAUUAAUGAUAAGACGGGAAACAGCAUGUUGGGUCUAGGAUAUUGGAUUUGGGUUCACAUCUUCCUUCUCCUCCUCUCGCUUACCUUCAUGUGGAUCGGAAUCUUGGAAACAGCCCGAUUUCGUCAAAAACCCGUGUCCUGCAACUUACUUGGACUAUAUGGAGAAUAUAACCUGAAGAAUUUCUGUCGAUGGAGGAAGAGGACGGUCAGAAGUCAUCGCAAGGCAGGAAUAGGUGCUGUGGUUUUUUACCACAUUGCACUCGCCAUUUCAUGGUCACGCCCGGUCAAACUGCUCACCGUUCCAUUCACAAAGUACAAGUUUCCCAUCCGGAAAUUCUUUCUCUGGGUCCAUGUCGUGUUUGCCUACUUGGGAAAACUGGUUUGUUUUAUCUCCAUUCUGCUCCUCUUUCAUCCAAGAGCUAGGGCCAUAUGCAAAUCUAUCCCUUCGACUCUGGUUUUUAUGGAAGUUGUGAGCAUUGCUUUCUUCUCUGCUGGCUGGGUUAUUCAGUCUAUGGAGGAUCAAAGACUUCGUAAAAAUGGGCGACGUGUCUUCCCCGUACCGGAAGCCAUCGAGUCGGCAGAUCACUCUCCCUGUUACAUGAUCAAAAUCAUCAUCGUCCUUGUCAGCGUUGCUGUCCACCUCAUUCUCUUUAUCUUCAUUUGUGUCCUUGCCUACUUCGUGUACGGGAAACCAGGCAAAACGAAUGAGUCGGACACAACGUUUGAAACGAUUGACGGAAUUAUCGGAAAGUGCCAAAUUUCCAACUCACAGGCCGAAUUGGACUCCAGCAUGAGCGCAUAUUAUUUCAGGAAGACUGCAGCUGCUAGUGAUGGCUAG